UUACCGAACAUAACUUGGACAGACCGAAAAGCAAAAAAGGGCUCUUUGGGUCGUAAAGGUUGCUGACCCCUGGACUAGGCCAACAUAUACACACAAAUAUGCAGAAACCAAAGAUCUGAACCUUUCAUGACGGCCUGCCAGAAGAUGAGCUGAGCAACACAGAUCAAAUCUGUUUCAACAUGCUGAAGACAGAACUUGACCAACUUCCAAAUACAAAUACAGCGCGGAUGGAUGCAAUCCCCUUCCGUAAGCGACCAUUAAUGCGUUCCUGCAGUCUUGGAGAAACAAAAGCUCAGACCUCUGCUUUCCAUACAUCAACGCAGACUGCAGAUCAAUGCAAGCAAAGAAAAGGAUCCCCUUGGCUACGGCGCAUAACCAUAGCUUCGUUUGAGCCUCAUUCAGUGGAUCAGAACGGAAACUUCGCUGAGAAAGUAUUGAUCUCCCCGUCUCCCCUGGAUUUACACAAGCAAGAGGCCAAAUCCCUCAGCGCGCUGAGCACAGAAGAAGUCUGCCAGUGGUUUACCAGCAUCGGACUGCAAAAAUGCGUCCGUUUAAUCCAAGAGGCUAAGCUGUGUGGAUCAGACAUCGCCUCCGUGGAUGUCAACACUCUGGACAUCCUCCAUAUCAGCUCCUUAGAGGACCGGGAGCGAUUACUGUCGGCUAUUUACAAUGAGCUCCACCCUCCUAGCUCCGUCACCCAGACACUUGACUCGUUGCUUGGGCUGAGUAAUGCAGAGCCAGUCACUGCAGGUUUGGCAUCCAUGAGCAGAUCCACGUCCUCUCCCCAUAUAAGCUGCUUGAGUAUGAAUCGGCGUUCUCUUAAGUCCAGGAGCGGCAGCCAAAGCUUCGUGACACCAAGGAGUUCUCAGAUGAUAGAGAUCACAAUUAACGCAUCAGAGCGAAUAGUUCACCUCAGAACUCCGAAGGAGACAUCAGUGGGAAAAAUCAUGGACUCGUGUUUGAAAAUGCUCGGACUGACUGACGAUAAGACCCUAUUCACACUAAAGGAGAAGCAAGAUUCCCUUGAUGAGCUGUCCCAGGAUCAGCAGAUAGGAGCCUUACUGAAAACCCCAGCAGAGAACAGACAGCUGGAGCUGCAUCUGUGCAAAACGGACAAACAGAAGAGUCCGGCAUCGCAGCCCAGUCCAGAAAUGAACGGUGACAUGAACAAAAAUGCCCAGGAGAGCCCGCCAGGUAAAGAGAAGAGGAUCCAGGAGCUGAACCAGCAGGUGGAGUCGCUGCAGAAUGCCAUCCUUCAGGUCCAGGAGCUUCAUCACGGCCUGGUAGCAUUUUGCUCUGAGCUGAAGAACAUGGACCCGGGUGCGAAUGUGGACCGGCUGGGUUCUGCUGAGCUGAAACGGAGGCUGGAGAUGGUUAACAGCCAACUGGAGGAGAAGAGGCAGAGGCUGCAGAUCCUCAGAGACGACAUUAACAACUCAGCCACUCAUAAAAACAAGCAGCUGGAGGUUCGUCUGCUGGAAAAGAUGAAGCUAAACUGCCAAGUGUUCAAGGAGGAAAUUACCAUUGUGCAUCUCAAUCGACAGGCUGCUCAUCUCCUAAACGCCUGGCAAGGAAGCUGCGUGAAGGAGAAAGCUCACAAACAGACUUCAGCCCUUGGCAGCUUGAGCCAGCUUGUGACGCCUCAGUCUCCAGCCGUGCUGAUGGUCGUGCAGGAGAAGCAGCUUCCCGAUGGCCGUUACGGCUUUACGUGUUGCUACAGAGACGGCAGCGGACUGGUGGUGGUCAAGGUGGACAACUCUCGCCUCUGUGUGGACGACAGACUGGUGGAGGUGAAUGGAGUGCCGGUGGUCGGCGCCACCCUGGAGGAGCUGAACGAUCUGCUGCUCUUCGGACCGUGCGUUCAGAUCGUUGUUCUUCGCCCGCCUCCACCUGCUCUGCUCUCUACUUGUUUCAAGACGCCUGCGGUCGGUCCAGAUCCGGCCCAAACACUCUGCCCUCAAAGGGAUGGAGUAACAACAGAAACCCCUCCACAGAGAAAGGUGAUGGCCAUUUAACAAUGGAUAAAAAGAGAAGAAGAAGACUAACAAGUGAUUGCAACAGUCCGUUGUUCAUCCUUUGUCACAUUUGAACCACAAACCUCUAUGUAUUUACAUGAAAAGCUGAAAAUAGUGCAUAAUUGUCUAGUGGAGGAAACGUGAGGGUGUUCAAAAUAUUUUCCAAGCAAUUCUGAAAAGCGUGGGAACAUCUGAACGAUGUUUAAUCAAUCAUCUGAAAAUGGAAAGAGUACAAACCUGGCAAGUCGUGACCACCCACCUAACCUGAGAGAUCUGGCGAAGAAAACAUUCAUCAGAGAAGCAGCCAGGAGGCAAACAACCCUGGGGGAGCUGCAGAGACCACAGCUCAGGUCUAAUAAAUGGUCUAGACUGGACAAAUAUUUUUUAUGCACUUCACAAAUUUGGCCUUUUUGUGGAAGAAUGGCCAAUUGUUGGGAGAAACCCAUAAGAAAUAUGUUUGCAGUUCACCCCGAACCAAGCAGAGGACAACCAAUGUGGAAGAGGUCACUCUAGAUGAGACAUAAACUGAACCUUUUGGUCACUCUGUUUAUAGAGUGAAAAACUAACACUGCACAUCUUCCUACGGCAAAACAUGGUGGAGGCAGAGUCAUGCUUUGGGGAUACUCAUGGUUUAGCAGGGUUGAUGGGAAGAUGGAGCCAAAUAUCCUGGUGAAGACUCUAAACACACAGGCAGAGCUAAUGGUCAAUUAAAUGGGUAAGUCUAUGUAUAUUUGUGUGUUAGAAUGGCACGGUCAAAGCCCAGACCAAAAUCUAAAUGAAAAUCUGUGACUAAACAGCAAAUUUGCCUGAGCUUGCGCUAUUUUGCAAAGAAGAAUGGAGAAAAAUCUGAGUAGACUCACCCCAAAAAGACUUGCAGCAAAGUAUUAACUAAUAUAAUGUAUUGACUCGGCGGGACUAAAUACAUUUAACAGAUUUUUUAUUCAAUUAUGUAUUUAAAAACCUCCAUCAUUUUACUCCCACCUCACAAUUAUGCGUCAGUUGCUGUUCAUCGAUGACAUAAAAGCCAAAUGAAAUACUACAUAGACGUUUGUGUUUACAAUGAGACAAAUGAUGUGAGCGUGCAAAUGGGUGUAAGUGAAAGAUGGUUACUGUUAAACACCAAGUAAUCUUUUCAGUGUUUAAUAAUCUCCUCAUGUGGAACAAUUGCUGUUUUCACUAAGAAAAGCCAGACAGUAACUUAUGUGUUUCGUCGUGGAGCAAUCCUGUGUUUUUCAAUGUAUGUCGAAAGCGAUGCCAAUCAAUAAAUAGCAAUAAAAUGGU